GCCCUCCCCACAAAGCAUGCAGUCUAUAAAAGAAUACGACACCAACUCCUUGUCAUCAAUAUAUCAGUGACUGCUGCAGUGUUGUGUUGUGUGCAAUACUUACAAGAACAGAACAAUGCAGACCUCCACAGUGAUCGUGCUCGCGUGCUUGGUGGCCGCAGUGGCUGCGCACACGCAUUACGAGUUGUACCCCGCCGUAGACGCAGUGCACAUCCCCGACGACGCGGUGUAUGAGGCCAACUACGACACUCCCGCGCACGAGAGGAGCGCCAGAACGAAGCGAGGCUUGCUGCUGCUUAAAAAGAAACUGCUCCUUGGAGCCUUAGGCCUAAAGGCAGCCAAGGUCGGAGCUGUCGGAGCCGGCGUCGCAGGCGCACUGGCCUUGAAGAAGAAACAGUCAGUACCGAAGAUCACGGCUUCCACUCAUUACGGGUACAGCAGCUGGCAUUAAGCGACUGGGUUGCGUCUGAUGUUCCCGAGGCGUGCACCGUGUGGAUAUUAGUGAAGUUUGGGUAUUAUACGUUUUGUUAAACACUGAGAGGCUUUAAACUUGUAGUCAUAGAAACUUGUAGUAAUAACACCAAACAAAAACAUUGUUAAUAGAAAAUUUGGAUCGUGCAAAACAUAGGCGUACUUAACAUGUAAACACUGCCAUAUAACUACUUUAAAUGUUUUAAACUUGCUGUUUUACAGUCACUGAAAAUAAUGUAAAUUUAGUAAUGGUAUAAGUGUUGAUGUUUGUUAUAAUAUUUAUAACAAAAUGGGUGCCUUUAACUAGGCUUUUGUUGAAUAAAUGGAUAAACAAUUA